UCGAAUGUCGCAUUAAAUCAAGUCAAUCCAUCAUCAUCAUUUUAUGUUAACACUACCUUACCUAAUGUUACAUGCAUUACAGAUAUACAAUCGGAUCAAAUAAAUGCUUUGUCAUUAAAUACUGGGGUUACUCAUUCAUUAUUAUCUUCAGCAGAAGUUACUUCAAAUAGACAAAUUGAUCAAUUAAAUAUGUCAUCAUUACAUAUUAGAGACACCGUCACAUCAUCAUCAUCAUCACUGUAUGUUAAUCCUUCAGGGUCAGAAGACAGAAUCGGACAAUUUGAUCAAGAAGAUCGUUCAACAUUAACUGACAGAGAUUCCAUCCAUACAUCAUCAUCAUCCUUAUAUGUUAAUACUUCGUUCUCACAUUUAUCAGCUUCAGAUCACACAAGCUCAUCAAAUACACAAUUGAAUCAGUUCAAUCCUUUAGCAUUCCGUCAUGGAGAAUCCGUCUUAUCGAAACAAUUAAAUUCUAAUAAUUCUGUACCAAUAAAAUCAAAUAUUCCAGAAGUCACGCCUGAAACAAAUCAAGAAUCUGACCAAGUAAAUUCUUCAUCAUUGCGUUCUUUGCAAGUUCAUCAACCAGAAGUAACGUGUGCAUUAAAUCGUCAAGAAAAUAUUUCACCAUCAAUCUAUAGAGGUUCAAUGCCAUCAACAUCAUACAAUGUUAAUGCUUCUUUACCAGUUCGUAAAAAAAUAAUAUUAAAUGUUCCAGAAGUCAAUACUGUCAAAGGCUCUUCGAAUUCACAAUUGAAUCAGUUCAAUCCUUUAACAUUCAACUGUGGAGAAUCUGUACUAUCGAAAAUAUUAAAUGCUAAUAAUUCUUUGCCAGUUAAUCAACCAAUAACACCAAAUGUUUCAGAAGUUACACGUGAAUCAAACCAAAAAUCUGAUCAAAUACAUUCUUCACCAUUACGCAAUAGAAAUGCAAUGCCAUCAACACCAUUUAAUGUUAAUACUUCUUUGCAAGUUCGUCAACCAGUAGUAACAUAUGCAUCAAAUCGUCAGGAAGAUUCUUCAUCAUUAAUCAAUAGAAAUGCAAUACCAUCAACAUCAUUCAAUGUUAAUAGUUCUUUGCAUAUUCAACAACCAAUACCACCAAAUGUUUCAGAAGUUACACGUGAAUCAAACCAAAAAUCUGAUCAAAUACAUUCUUCACCAUUACGCAAUAGAAAUGCAAUGCCAUCAACACCAUUUAAUGUUAAUACUUCUUUGCAAGUUCGUCAACCAGUAGUAACAUAUGCAUCAAAUCGUCAGGAAGAUUCUUCAUCAUUAAUCAAUAGAAAUGCAAUACCAUCAACAUCAUUCAAUGUUAAUAGUUCUUUGCAUAUUCAACAACCAAUACCACCAAAUGUUUCAGAAGUCACACGUGAAUCAAACCGAAAAUCUGCUCGAGUAAAUUCUUCACCAUUGCGCAAUAGAAAUGCAAUGCAACCAACAUCAUUUAAUGUUAAUACUUUUAGGCAAGUUCAACAACCAAUAACACCAAAUGUUUCAGAAAUACCACGUGAAUCAAACCGAAAAUCUGAUCAACUACAUUCUUCACCAUUACGUAAUAGAAAUGCAAUGCCAUCAACACCAUUUAAUGUAAAUACUUCUAUGCAAGUUCAACAACCAAUAACACAAAAUAUUUCAGCUGUUACAAGUGAAUCAAACCGAAAAUUUGAUCAAGUACAUUCUUCACCAUUACGCAACAGAAAUGCAAUACCAUCAACAGCAUUCUAUGUUAAUAGUUCUUUGCAUAUUCAACAACAAAUAACACCAAAUGUUUCAGAAGCCCCACGUGCAUCAAACCAAAAAUCUGCUCAAAUACAUUCUUCACCAUUUCGCAAUAGAAAUACAAUGCCAUCAACACCAUUUAAUGUUAAUACUUCUAUGCAAUUUCAACAACCAAUAACACCAAAUGUUUCAGAAGAAACACGUGAAUCAAACCGAAAAACUGAUCAAGUACAUUCUUUACCAUUACGUAAAAGAAAUGCAAUGCCAUCAACACCAUUUAAUGUUAAUACUUUUUUGCAAGUUCAACAACCAAUAACACCAAAUGUUUCAGAAAUCACACAUGAAUCAAACCGAAUAACUGAUCAGGUACAUUCUUCACCAUUACGUAAAAGAAAUGCAAUGCCAACAACACCAUAUAAUGUUAAUACUUCUAUGCAAGUUCAACAACCAAUAACACCAACUGUUUUAGAUGUCACACGUGAAUCAAACCGAAAAUCUGAUCAAGUACAGUCUUCACCAUUACGCAAUAGAAAUGCAUUGCCAUCAACACCAUUUAAUGUUAAUACUUUUUUGCAAGUUCAACAACCAAUAACACCAAAUGUUUCACAAGUCACACAUGAAUCAAACCGAAAAUUUGCUCAAGUACAUUCUUCACCAUUUCGCAAUAGAACUGCAAUGCCAUCAACACCAUUUAAUGUUAAUACUUCUAUGCAAAUUCAACAACCAAUAACACAAAAUGUUUCAGCUGUCACACGUGAAUCAAACCGAAAAUCUGAUCAUCUACAUUCUUCACCAUUACGCAAUAGAAAUGCAAUGCCAUCAACACCAUUUAAUGUUAAUACUUUUUUGCAAGUUCAACAACCAAUAACACCAAAUACUUCAGAAGUCACACGUGAAUCAAACCGAAAAGCUGAUCAAGUAAAUUCUUCACCAUUACGCAAUAGAAAUGCAAAGCCAUCAACACCAUUUAAUAUUAAUACUUCUUUGCCAGUUCAACAAACAAUAACACAAAAUGUUUCAGAAGUCACACGUGAAUCAAACCGAAAAUCUGAUCAAGUACAUUCUUCACCAUUACGCAAUAGAAAUGAAUUACCAUCAACACCAUUUAAUGUUAAUACUUCUAUGCAAUUUCAACAACCAAUAACACCAAAUGUUUCAGAAAUCACAAGUGAAUCAAACCGAAUAUCUGAUCAAGUAAUUUCUCCACCAUUUCGCAAUAGAAAUGCAAUGCCAUCAACACCAUUUAAUGUUAAUAGUUCUUUGCAAGUUCAACAACCAAUAACACCAAAUGUUUCAGAAGGCACACCUGAAUCAAACAGAAAAUCUCAUCAAGUACAUUCUCCACCAUUACUCAAUAGAAAUGAUAUACCAUCAACACCAUUUAAUGUUAAUACUUCUAUGCAAGUUCAACAACCAAUAACACCAGAUGUUUCAGAUAUUACACGUGAAUCAAACCAAAAAUCUGAUCAAAUACAUUCUUCACCAUUACGCAGUAGAAAUGCAAUGCCAUCAACACCAUUUAAUGUUAAUACUUUUUUGCAAGUUCGUCAACCAGUAGUAACAUAUGCAUCAAAUCGUCAGGAAGAUUCUUCAUCAUUAAUCAAUAGAAAUGCAAUACCAUCAACAUCAUUCAAUGUUAAUAGUUCUUUGCAUAUUCAACAACCAAUACCACCAAAUGUUUCAAAAGUUACACGUGAAUCAAACCAAAAAUCUGAUCAAAUACAUUCUUCACCAUUACGCAAUAGAAAUGCAUUGCCAUCAACACCAUUUAAUGUUAAUAGUUCUUUGCAAGUUAGUCAACCAGUAGUAACAUAUGCAUCAAAUCGUCAGGAAGAUUCUUCAUCGUUAAUCAAUAGAAAUGCAAUACCAUCAACAUCAUUCAACGUUAAUUCUUCUUUAACAUUUGCAUCAAACCGUCGUGAACAUUCUUCAACAGUAAUGAAUAGAGAUAUAACACCAUCAACAAUAUCAAAUGUUAUUGUUCAUACACCAGCUCAUCAACCAAGUACACUAAAUAUUCAAGCAUCAAAUCGAUACACUGGUCAAGAAGGUCCUACAUCUUUAGUCAACACAAAUCCAAUGCCACCAACACCAUUGAAUGCCAAUAAUUCUUUGCCAAUUCAUCAAUCAAGAUCAGCAAUUAAUGCAGAGGGCAUACAUACAUAUAUGCGUACAUCACAUGGAUACUAUAAUAUAGAAGAACAAUCAUCAUUAAUCCGUAGUGAUCCAAUUUCAUCGACAUCAUUGAAUAUUAAUCCUUCUAUAUCAGAUUAUCAAUCAAUAUAUGGAAAUGUUCCAGAAGUCACAACUGCAUCAAAUCAAUAUUAUGAUCACGAAGAUCCUUUGUUAUAUAGAGAUCCAAUGCCAUCGACAUCAUUCAAUAUUAAUACUUUGCAAAUUCGUCAACCUAUAAUACCAAAUGUUACAGAAGGUUUAUGUGCAUCAAAUCAAGAAAAUUCUUCAUUGUUACAGCACAGAGACCCCAUUCCAUCGACAUCAUUCAAUGUCAAGUCUUCUCCACCUGCCGUUACGUGUGCAUCAAAUCCAACGAAUAAUAUAUUUACUCCUUCAACAGUAAUUAUUAAUGAUUCCACUACACCCGUCAAAGUUACUACAUCAUUCUCAAAUUUACAACAAACUGAUUCAACAACUUCAGAUUGCCCUGAAAAUACAGCAUUCUAUCAAUUUGUGGAUAAUUUCUGUCCUAUAUCUCUAACAUCACCAAAACGUGAAGUUAGUGUUCAGCCCUUAUCUAUAGAGAAUAUAGAUUCCGUCGCAAUAUUAUCAUUAGAUCAUGAUGUAGAACCGCCAGUUUUUCCAGAUAUUCCGAAUACAAAAAAUGAACCUUUCAGCAUUUUUCGUACAAAAAGUACGAAUUCAAAUGCACCAUCAGCUUCAAAUGAUGAACCAUUAUCUUUACGAGCUGAUGAACGAGAAUCAUUAAAUACACCAGAGAUCACAAACAGAUCGAUUGGUCAUUACGAUAUAUUUUCCACAUCUAGCAGUUCCGUAACUCCAGUUACUACUUCGCCAAGAUCGGAUCCCAAAGUAACAAAUUUAUCAGAAGGUGCAAAUGCGUCUUAUCCACGCUUAGAUAACACCCAUCAAUUGUAUGUACCAUCUAAAAAUACCAUAACACAAUUAUCAUCAUCAAAAUAUAUAACUUCCUCCUCACCUGUACCACUUACUGAACCCGUAACUUCACACCUUCCGGUUGAUAACUCCGACCCACACUUUCAAUGUUUCCGUCCUUUACCUAAAUCAACUAAUGAUUCCGAUAUACCACUAUUGUCGACGAAUGCAACUACUUCUUCAUCUUUUCAAAGCUUUGAACCUGCAACAUCAAAUAUUACAGCGAUCACAACUACCAACAUAUUGAGUUACAGUGUUUUUCGUCCUUUGUUAUUAUCUUCUAAAUAUUCAAUUGCAACUUCAUCUUCAAAGGUUACAACUAGCGCAUCUACUCAAUACACAGGAAAUUACCAUCAAGCAUAUACGAAUUCCACCAAACCAUCAUUUAAAUCAAAUAUUGAAUCCAAUGGUUCAAAAGUGACAUCAAUUGUGCACGUCGAUCAAAGACAUAGUUCAUCGCAAGUCGAUAGAAAUUCCAUAAAAUUAGCAUCAGUAAUAGUUAAUACUUCAUUGCCAGCUUCACAAGGGUCAGAAAAUGUGCCGGAAGCAACAACAAAUCAAUCAAUAUCAAAUUUUGCAGAAACAUCGAUGAACUCUUCGUUGAGAGCUAACACAACUUUCUCAGCUGUAGCACAAGCUACGGGUGUAACAAACGUACAAAUUAAUGACGAUGAUUCAUCGUUAUGCUCCUAUAUAGAUCCAGCAAGAUCAUCUUCAUCAUUGCAUGUAAACAUUUCAUCCCCAUCUUUAGUAGCUCCUGAACGAGUAUUAUCAGAUAUUCCAGAAGUCACAUGUGCAUCAAAUGAAUGUAUUUUUGAAGAAAAUCGUGCAUCAUUGAAUGUUCCAGAAAUUGUAACUGAAUCAAAUGCACACUUAUAUCUAAGAAAUUCUUCGUCAUUUCUCCAUACAGAUUCUAUGUUAUCAGCAUCAUCAAAUACAUCUUACUCGUCGUCGCCGGUUUCUGAAGAAAUAACACCGAAGGAUCCGAAUGUAGCAAAUGAAUCAGGUCCGAAUAUUGAUAAACACCCUCCUUCAUCAUUAAUCCAUGAAGAUUCUGUGUUAACGGCAUCAUCUUUCGUAUCUUUACCAGUUUCUGAAAGAAUAACAUCAAAUGUUCUUGAAGUUACUAGACCAUCAUCACCAAUCCCAUCAACAUCAUUUAAUGUUAACACUUCUGUGUCAUCUUUACAAGCUGCACAACUAAAUCCACACUCCGACCAUACGGAUCCUAUACCCUCAUCACCUAAAAAUUCUGAUAUACCAACAUCAUCGACUGAUUCCACUACAUCAAAUAACCCAGUUGUUACAAGUGCUACAUGUUUAUACUUUACUGUAUUAUAUUCAUCAACAUCUAGAGAUACAAUAACAUCCUUAUUAUCGAAAUAUUCCAUUUCUCCUCCAUCUUCACGAUGGGAUUUAUCGAAACCAUCAUCUUCAAAAGUUAGUAGCACUUACCUGGAAGAUUCUAGUUUUUGGUAUCCCGAAACACCACCGUACUCAAUAAAACGUCAAAGUUCAUCAAGUAUACUAAAUGCAUCAUCUCCUAUUGCGGAUAGUAAUUCUGACAGCAUUGAAACGUUUUUCACAAAUAUGUCAACACCGAAACAUGAAAAACUAGUUACGCCCAGAAGAUCGUCCAAAUAUCAUCCAACAAUAAAUUUUGAAACACCACCAUUUAGUACAUCAGAAAAUAGUUGCAGCGAUCAAAUAUGGUCAACGGAAUCGAGAGAGAAUUCAUCUGAUUUCGAGAAUCCUACGGUCCAAUUUAAAAGAAAAAAGUAUUUAAAUAGUGAAAAUAGCGAUUUUGAAAGCUCGAAUAAAGAAUUUAAAGAAACGAGCGAGCUCUCUCAAUUAUCAUCAUCUUCAGAAAAUGAUAUUGAUGAAUAUGAAAGUGAUAAUGCAAAUAGUGAAAUGUAAAUUUUAACUUGCUUUUAUUUUUUUGUUAAAUUAAGAAUGUAAAUAAUAAUUGUUGUUGCA